UAGUAUAUCAUCGAUGUAUCACACUGGCAGACAAACGACUCCGACGUUGAUCUUCUCCGAAGGUGUAGACUCCCAGGAAAAACUGCUUGCUUGGUGUUGGUGGUGGAACCCAUAUUUAAUUUCGGGGUCCUAAUUCUAACAUUUCCUCACACCACAAUAUAUUUGUCAGUUACCUUUAUUGAAGCAAUGGAGCAAAAUACUAAAAAAUUACUUACCAAGGGUUUAUUGCAGAGUGAAGAUUUGUGCCAGUAUAUCUUGGAGACGAGUGUUUACCCACGUGAACCAGAACCUCUCAAGGAGCUAAGGCAUGUCACUGCUGGCCACCCUCGUGCUAGGAUGGCUACUGCACCAGAUGCAGGUCAGUUGAUGGCCAUGCUAUUAAAGCUGGUGAAUGCAAAAAAGACUAUUGAAGUUGGCGUUUUCACAGGAUACUCUCUUCUCCUGACUGCUCUUACCAUUCCAGAGGAUGGCAAGAUCAUGGCUAUAGAUGUAAGUCGGGAGACAUUUGAAAUUGGAUUGCCUAUAAUUAAGAAAGCUGGUGUUGCAGAAAAAAUUGAUUUCAUCGAGUCUGAGGCUUUACCAGUUCUUGAUCAACUCUUGCAAAAUUCUGAGAACGAAGGGAGUUUCGACUUUGCUUUUGUUGAUGCAGACAAGGUUAAUUAUUGGAACUACCAUGAGAGGCUGAUGAAACUGAUAAAGGUGGGUGGGUUGGUUGUCUAUGAUAACACACUCUGGGCUGGAACAGUUGUAAUGCCUGAUGGGUUGGUUCCGGAGUUCAUGAAACCAGGCAAACAGUUGACAAUCGAGCUUAACAAAUUACUUGCAGCUGAUCCUCGUGUCCAGUUGUCACAUGCUUCCAUAGGUGACGGGAUCACGAUAUGCAGGCGUCUCUACUGAACAUCUUCUUGAAACCUCUCUGCAUUUUUACUUGUAUCAUAAACUAUUAUGAAGAACUGUUUGUGGUUGAGAAAUCAGAAGAAGCAGAGGCUGCUGCUAUAAAUCCCUGAUGAGCAUAGGGUUCAUUCUCAGGAUUUCACCACUUUUAAUCUUUAGGAUUACAUGUUCUCGUACGAAUUCAAAGUCAAGGAAGCUAUAUUUAUUUUUCAGGACCUGAAAUUAUCUGAACCAAUCCUUGCAACUGUCUUUUUUCUUUUUCUUUUCUUUUUGUGUUUAGGGACUAUGUAUUCUGAUUCACAAAGCAUGUAAUGCAAUCCUGCCACUGUGUUGAACAGUUUAAACGUAUUUUGUAUCAAUAAUAAUAGAAUUAUGCAGGUAGAAUUGAA